UCCAAGCUAGGCCACUGCGGAAGCCAUGGAUGAUCCGCAGCAAGCAGAAAUGGCUCCGCCGGAAGACGCGCCGGCCGGCGUCCCCGCGCAUCCCCUGCCACACUCGGUGCGCGGCGUCUUCCUCAACUACAUCGGUUACUGGCGGCCACGGUUCUUCGCCCGUCCCUCGGCGCGCCGCCCGGCGGUCGACUACGGUGACCUCGACUUCCUCCCCGACUAUAUAGCCGGGGGUACAACUCCAUCCUGGACCACUGCAACGGGCUCUUGCUCUACGGCAACGCCUGGCUGUACUGCGUGGCCAACCCCGCCACGAGGCGGUGGGAGCGUCUCCCGCGCAUGGACGCCAACGACUACGUCCCGUAUCUCGUCUUCGACCCCGCCCUGUCGCGUGGCUACGAGGUGUUGCUGUUCCGCCGCGAGCCCGAGAAGCCCAAGAAGUUCGACCUCAUUGAGUUUCUGUCUUUGCUGGAUGACAUGUCGGUCGGCGAGGAGGACGUAGAGAAUGAGGGCCAAGAUGAACCGGCUGGAGAACCUUCCAUGGAUGACUUGCAUCGUUUGACGGAAUGGCCACAGUCACAAUGGACGCUGCCUGUGUUCUCAUCGGCCACUGGAGAGUGGCAGGAGAGGUCAUUUGUCCGGGAAGGAGAGGCUGUCAAGACGAUGGCCAGUAUGCAACUGGAUGCGGUACAACCCAUGGAAUGGGGCCCAAGAUGGCGCUACAGUGUGUAUUGGCGAGGCGCGCUUUACGUCCAUUGCCGUGGUGCAUUUGUUGCAAGGAUAUCUUUAUCAGAUGGUAAAUACCGGGUAUUUAAUACACCAAUAGAUUUUGAGGAAAGCAAACAUGCAUGUCCUUAUCUUGGGAAGUCGGAAAAAGGGGUGUACUUUGUGACAAUUCACAAGUACAAUAACCUUCUUCGUGUUUGGAACCUCAGUGAAUCAAGCGGUCCAAUAGAUUGGGUACUAAAGCAUACUAUCGAGCUUGAUGAAUCUACUUUGUGGGCCGCGACGCGUUUCUACCAACACGAGAUUAAUGGACCUUGGAUCUUAGAGGACAAUAACAACGAUGAUGUGGAAAACAAGAUGGUGCCGCUAAAAGAAGAUAUUGAAUGGAACUCCGAUGAGAUAAUGUAAUGAGUAACCAAGGCGGUUGUGAAGAACCAUACGGUCACAUUUAUUUCUUGGGUUUUCACCCGUACAAAGAGGUAAUUUUCUUAGGGUUGUCAUUUAUAGGAGUGGCUUAUCAUUUGAAUAGCUCGAAAGUCCAAUACCUCGGAAAACUACGCCCAAAAGAUUACUGCACAGCGUAUUCAAAUGGCAUAUAUGAAUCAUUUAUGUACACUCCAUGCAUGGUUGAGGAGCUUUCAAAGACUCCUCCAUAAUAUGUACGCAAAGGUUACCAUAUGUGAACUGCAAAUGGUUCAACAGUGCAAGAAAAA